AUGGCUGUGGGUCCCAAACCUCCGGGUGCCAUCGGCUUGCCAGACAGGAACUUUUCACAGUGUGACUCGCUGCUGAUCGGGAACAAGGGCGAGGCACACGGGGGUCGAAGAGCACGAGUCUUCCGAUGCCGGCAUGGCGGCCAACCACGGAAGGCCUCCACCUUUCCUUACAUAGAGGCUGCUGAUGGGAACAAUCAGGUGGAGCAUGAGGCCACAACCUCAAGAGUCUCUGAAGAGCAGCUCUUGUACCUCACAAGCCGGGGUCUUGCACCUGAAGAAGCUGUAUCCCUCGUCAUUAAUGGCUUUUGUCAGGAUGUCUUCGACCAGCUGCCCAUGGAAUUUGCCUCGGAGGCUCAGAAGCUCCUGUCACUCAAGCUUGAAGGUACAGUUGGAUAG